AUGUGUCCUCCACCCGACCACACUCCAGCCAAGCUGGACCAGAUCGAUGCAACAACGGUUUCUCUGCCUGACAGUGGCCACAGCUCCCCCAAAAUUCCUGCUGAGGAUAGUGUCAAUGGCAAGACCCAUUCCACAGUCAAGCCAGACGCUGCUCCACAGACUUGUGAGACGGACGCUGCAGUCAUGACCGGCGAAACCGGUGGCUUGGCCACAAUUCACGAGCAAUCCGACACUGCUUCUCCCGAUGACAACUGUGGAGUAGGAGCGGCCACAAGCGGCAAUGCCUCGCUCGAGAAGACCACUGAAAACGGAAUUUCUGUCCACCAGGCACCCGUUGAGCCCACCGAUGUGCCCCCAAAGUCAGACUCUGCAAUGGAUGACGUCGACGGCAACGAGCCUGCGAGACUCGCUUCGCAACCUGCCAGUGGUGUGGCCCGCAUCUCAGCCCCAGAGACUGCAAGCCCCAUCAUAGUUGCCUCCGCGGAGGCCACCGGCGACUCUGAGCAGGACGCCGCCCAUACGCCCCAUUCCACUACUACCUCAGCGAGUGAUUCAGCCCAGUCCGAGGAGCACAAGUUUGUGGACCCCAACGACAAGGCAAACAUCGGAACCGACGUCAUCAGGUUCUUCUACACUGCCAGCACUCGCAAGAGGCCAUCGAGCCCCGUCACCACUGCUCCCGGUUGCUGCAACCCUCGACUUCAUCGCGACAGUGAUUUGUACGUCAAGGUCAAAGGCGAGGACGGCAAAGUCUACGUGUUCGAAGUUGCAUCGGCCACUCUUGAGAAGGCCUCAACCAAGUUCGAGGCCAUGAUCUAUGGUAGCCACACUCGUGGCAACAAGGAGGUGUGGGUGUGGGAGCUAGACGACAACCCUUUGGGCCUCAAGAUCAUGUUCUGUCUGCUCCACAACAAGUUUCCCAGAGCGCUGGUGGCCUCGAAGCCCAAUGCCGAUCAGCUGUACAAGGUGGUUCAGGUACUCGAGAAGUACGAAAUCCAUCUGGAUCAAACAAACUACCACCUCUUCGCUCCUUCUUGGAUCAAUGGCUUCAGCAACGGACUGGCCACGUCUAAUCUAAGUGUCGUUGAAGCUCUUCAAGUUGCCUAUGCAAUUGGCGACUUCAAGACUACGAAGACCCUCAUCCGAGAAGUGGCCCACGAGAUCAGCGACGAGGUCGGAAAGCGCAUACAAGAUUUUCCUAUGAAACAGCAGGAUAUUCUGGACAGCCUCCAAAAGAUCCGCAACGAAGGCCUCGAGAAUCUGCUCGCCUCACUGAAGGUUCCACUCGAUUAUUUCAUGGACGCCAACAAUUUUCAAGGCAAUCGGUACUGCAGGUCCAGCGAAGGCCAUUUCGAGUGCAAUCAGAAGCUCUUGGGAUCUCUCAUGGCCAAUCUGGUUCAGCAGUCGCUGUUUCCAAUUCCAGAGGCUGCCAGCUACAAAGGAAGUGUGGCCACUCUAAUUGCCAAGAUCGAGAAAAUGGAGAUCAGAGGCUUGUUCUACCCUGGUGUCGUGAUGACAGAGCAGAAGCAUACUCUGUGCAAGCUAGGCCAGGCCGCCACAGUUGAGGAGGUCAAGGGCGGCAAGGAUGGGAAGGGACCCCUCCCGCUUUCGGAUACUCUCUUGGAGUAUAUGUACUUCGCCUGCAAGCGCAAUGGCCUACUGCGGCAGGAGCAGAAGGAGUUCGAGCCUUACAAAGAUCGGAUUCAGGAUUUCGACCUUCUCUAUCGGGAUGAGUUCCAGAAAGACAUCUGGUCAUGGAGCCACGAUGAGGCUGGUGCGGGGGACAAUCCUCGCGACGGCUCCGAUGACUCGGGAAUCUUCGACAUCGCGGACAGUUACGGCUGCGUCAAGCGGAAGGUUUCUGCCUAA